UUAGCUUCUUUUCAUUCUCUCUCUCUUGAGUGUUGUGUGUGUGUGUGUUGGGUUGCUUGGCCUUGUUUAUCAACCAAAUCUAGAGAAACCCAUUUCUCUGUUCUCCCAUUUGAAGGAAAGGAAAGCUUACACCUCUCUCUCCUUCUCUCUCUCCAACUACUGAUUCGCUCCAAUUCCGCCGCGCCCAGAUUCUUCUCUCUUAGCUACAAACCCGGUCGUCUAGGACUCUUUCCAACAAGGUCUUUCCUUCAACUCCUAUGGCAGGAGAAACAUCUUGGAUCAGCCACUAUGAUGACAGACAAAGGGAGACUGGGGCGUUUGAUUCAUUUUUAGAACUUAGUGAGGAAGGUGAAAAAGAAGCAACUGCUGUUUCUUUGGAUGUUUUGCCGGAUGACUUGUUGGAGCGAAUUCUAGCCUAUCUCCCCAUUGCAAGCAUUUUUAGAGCUGGCUGUGUGUCUAAGAGGUGGCAUGAAAUUGUUAACUCAGAGAGGUUUGUAUGGAACCUUUCACAUGUUCUACCGCAGAAACCUUGGUACUUUAUGUUUACAAGCUCUGAUGAACCAGGAGGUCAUGCUUUUGAUCCCCUCCUUCGGAAAUGGUAUAGCAUUGAACUUCCAUGCAUUGGAACUUCUAAUUGGUUCAUUGCUUCAUCAUAUGGCAUGGUCUGCUUCAUGGACAAUGACAGCAGAAGUGAAUUAUGCAUCUGCAACCCAAUUACCAAAACCUACAGGAAGCUUGAGGAGCCUCCAGGUUUGAAAUUUUCUGAUUACAGUGCAUUAGCAAUCUCAGUGAACAGGGAAUCUCACCGUUAUACUGUGGCAAUUGUAAAAUCUAAACAAGUCCCCGACAACUAUGUCCAGUGGGAUAUCUCAAUUCAUCUAUACAAUUCAGAAAAUGCAAUCUGGGUGACGUCUUUAACAGAAGUUUUGAUGGGGUGGAGAGGUGGUAAUGAGAGUGUGAUAUGCAAUGAGAUGCUGUACUUUUUAGUUUAUUCAACUGGGGGUGGUCAAUCAGAAAACCGUCAUGCCCUAGUUGCGUAUAACAUGUCCAAUCAUUCAUCCCAAGGUAGUUUAACAAGGAACUUCAUUCCGGUACCUUGUUCUCUAACAUGUGGCCGUUUGAUGAAUCUGAAGGAGAAGCUUGUAAUGGUGGGAGGAAUUGGUAAACCAGAUCGACCUGACAUAAUAAAAGGAAUUGGUAUCUGGCUUCUAAAUGAUAAGAAGUGGGAAGAGAUUGCUCGAAUGCCCCACAAAUUCUUCCAAGGCUUUGGAGAGUUAGAUGAUGUGUUUGCUAGCAGCGGUGCAGAUGAUCUGAUAUAUAUUCAGAGUUAUGGAGCUCCGGCGCUUCUCAUAUUUGACGUGAACCAUAAACAAUGGAAAUGGUCGCAGAAGUGCCCUGUGUCAAAAAGAUUCCCGCUGCAGCUUUUUACUGGCUUUUGCUUUGAGCCUAGACUUGAAAUUGCUCCAUAGUUCUCCUUACGAUCAAGAGCUGCUAUUGAGAAUUGUGUCCAAGGUUUCCUGCCCAUUUUCCUUCAUUGUUCUUUAAGUAAAAUUUUAAUAUGAUUUCAGUGUUUUCACAGUUUCAUACAAAAUAUUCUUGCUGAUAAAACUGCUUUAUUCAUGGAUACUGGAAUAUUAUUAAUAGCAUUUGAAAAUACCACAGCUUUUUUUUUUUCUUUA